UAAGGUAGGAUCGGGUUAGUGCAUCGUGUAUGGGAGAUGACUCGGCUGCGAGUGUGGGUAGUGGUGGCGGCCUUGGUGGCGGCGGCCGCAGGCAUGGACGAGGAGAUGGCUGAGCUGGCCAAGAUGGUGCACGACAGCUGCGGCGAGGAGACCGGCGCGGACCUGGCGCCCGUGGACAAGGUCAACGCCGGCGAGGACUUGACCACCUUCUCGGACCCGAAGCUCAAGUGUUACAUCAAGUGCAUCAUGGAGACGGCGGGCAUGAUGACGGAUGGCGAGGUGGACGUGGAGGCGGUGCUGGCCAUGUUGCCGGACGACAUUCGCGCGCGCAACGAGGCCGCCAUGCGCGGCUGCGGCACGCAGCGCGGCGCCGACCACUGCGACAAUGCCUACCUCACACACAUCUGCUGGCAAAAGGCCAACAAGAAGGACUACUUCCUCAUCUGAACAUACAACACCUGCACUCAAUAAACCAUUUCAACUGUUAACAA